UGGUUGCAACAAGUCUGACAAGUUGUUGACACUGCAAUUGUACACAGAUGAGUUUGAAAUUUUGAAUACACUUGGUUCAAAAAAACUGAUUCAUAAGAUAGCCUGUUUUUAUUUUGUGGUUGGAAAUCUACCUCUGAAGUACCGCUCACAACUUAAGAACAUACACGUCGCUGUUUUAGUCCGAAACAAGCUGUUACAGAAAUAUGGCUAUGAGCCCAUUCUUCAGCCGCUCAUCUGUGAUCUCAUAGAGCUGCAAUUGAAGGGAAUAUCAGUCAGUGUUGAUGACCAAACUCAUGUUUUCAAAGGAGUGCUUUUUUCCAUUUCAGCUGACAACCUCUCUGCCCAUUCUCUUGCUGGUUUCAAUACAUGUUUUAGUCAUGGCUUUAUUUGUCGAUUCUGUAUGUGCCAUCAUGACAACAUGCAUAAUGCAAUUGAUGAGGCGUCUUGCAUUCGUCGGACCUCUGAUGAUCACAAAAGCCAUUUAGCAGUUGAAAAUUCAAAAAGUCUCUAUGGUGUUGCUGGACAUUGUCCAUUUGAAAAAAUUCCUCAUUUUGAGGUGACUGAAUCUUUUCCACCAGACCUCAUGCACGAUGUUUUAGAGGGUGUAAUUCCACAUGUUACACGGCUAGUCUUAAAGAAACUCAACAGUGAUAAACUUAUCACGAUUCAGCAGUUGAAUGAACGACUACAAGAGUUCCCUUUUGGACAAAAUGAUGUUACACACAAGCCAGUGUUUUUGAGACAGACAGUCCUGCAGGGAAGUGGAAUUCAAGGAAAAGCUGUUGAAAAGCUUGUAUUGUUUCGUCUUCUUCCUUUUCUAAUAGGAAACUUUGUUCCUAAACGGAAUACCCACUGGGAUCUCUAUCUUUUAUUGCGAUCAGUAUGUGACAUCCUUCUUGCACCGGUCAUAAAAACAAGUUGGCUAAGUCCUCUGACGGCUCUAAUAACAGACUUUCUGACAAGUUUUCAAAGAUCGUUUCCAGAUGAUUUCAUACCAAAGAUCCAUUACUUGGUUCACUAUCCACGACUGAUAGAGAAUUUUGGACCUCUGAGGGCACACUGGUGUCUUCGAUAUGAGGCAAAGCACCUGUAUUUCAAACGACUCUCAUCUGUAGUCAACAACUACCAAAAUAUUGCUAAAACUCUUGCAAAGCGCUACCAAAUGAGACAGUGUUGGGAGUCCCAGUCUAGUACCACCAAUUCAGAAGUAGUUCCAGAUAAUGUGACCAAAAUACCUCUAAGAGCACUCCCGGCUCCACUAAUGGAAAUUGUUGCAAGUGAUUCUGCAAACUUAGCAGAAUCUGUGUGGAAAGCGAAACAAUUGGAGCAUGACAGAGUCCAAUACAAAGUCGGUGAUUUCUACAUUCUGGACCUUUUGCAUGCAGAGGAGAUUCCAGUUUUUUUGAAACUGAUUUACAUAAUCAAGUUUCAUGAGGAGUGGAAAUUGUGUGGUAGGAUUUACCAAAGUUCUCACUAUUCAGAACAUUUACAUGCCUAUGGUGUGAAGUCAACUACCCAUUGGAUGGUUGUGAACCCUGGUGAAGAAGUGGACUAUCAUCCCCUUGACUGUUACGCUGAUGAGAAGGAUGACCUUUACAUCACCCUGCAUCAUCGUCCUAGCAUGAGAUUGACGGAGCAACUUUAGGUGUUUUCACAGAGCGAAUGGCAGAGAGACUCAUACCCAUAAUUAAAAAACAGGCCGUUUUUAUGUCUCUUCUGGAAAAACUGAAAACAAGUGAAGCACACAGACCUUUGAUGGUAGACGUACAAAGACGUGACUCAAGAGCACGGGAUUCAUCUCAUAUUGCCUUUCCCCCAUUGUUGUUGGCUGCACUGGAGAGAAGAGACCAUGAACUCAAAAGCUCAAGGAAGUCAAAAACAAGGACCCUACUACUACAGGCUCUCUUUGACCAUCUGUCUAGUAAAACUUUGUACCCAACACAUCACCAGUAUGUUGAGUUGUUGUCUUCACUCAUAACUGUAUACCCAUACCUGAAAGAGAACUUUGGAUCAGGUUAUGAUGCUUUGCAUGAGUCCUUAAAGAACAAAUUUAAAAAGGAAAGACGUCCCUUGGUCAGUGAUGAAGAAGUGGCCAGAAUGAGAAGAAAGUUUUCCAUUACAGGUUCUGGCAGAAAACGUACAUCUGAGGUUGUCCAAAUACCACUUAAUGCAGUGAGAACCCCUGUUAAUGGUCCUACUGCAACAGAAGAAGUGUGUGUGGAGGAAAGAAACAUUACUGAAAUUGUGAAGACUAUGGCUGAAGAGGUAAAGAAAAUUCGCCCGGAUAUGAUGUUCCUGCAAGAGCAAAUGACAAAGACAAGAGAGUACCGAAGGACAUAUAUCCUCUCUCAUCCUACAAGAGAGAUUUUGAUGGAAUUCCCUUGCCUCAGGCUUCCUGAAAUCCUGCUUUUGGAAAUGAAAGCUCUUCAACACAUCGAUGUAGACAAGCAAGUCACUUUAGUGCUAAACAAAAUGGCCCCCAUGAUUUUACUGCGAGCGUCACACUCCACCAUAAUAAAGAGAUGUCUGGAGACCAUUGAAGACUGUCAGGAAGGUGCAGUAAAAAAAGGUCUGCAGUUGGAGACAGCCAUCCUGUGCCUUCCGUCUCUGUUCAGUGAGGAUGCCUCACUUCUCUUCGCAUUUGAGGAAUCAGGCACAUCCCAGGUGGUCACACCACAGAUUAUCCUGAGUGGGUGUAAGGAGGGAGUGCCCUUGCAGCACAGUUUGGUGAAAGUCACCAUGGACAAGGAAAUCAUAGUGGAAGACUGCACAGACAUCUCCCUUGCCCUCUGUGUACUGUUCAGCACCUACUUUGUCUUCGGAGUGGAGUAUCCUAAGGGACUUAAAAAAACUCUUACAUUCCUUGAAGCAUUUGUGUUUAAAAUGAAAGAAGAGAAAUUUCUUCCAAUUACACUGAAACGAGUAUUCAAUUCUCUCUGUGAGUAGAUUGUGUAAAUAAGAGCUGUGUAGAAUGAAGGACUUCUCACAGCAGUUUAAUUGCUGUUUAAUUAAAUGCAUUUAAUAGUUUAUCAUUUUGCUACAUUUAGUGUAACAUCCAGCAUAUUUCAGGUUUGUUGUAUUUCCAUAUGUGUUUAUUUUAGAACUAUAAAUGCUGCACUUAACCCCACCCCCACACCGAUGCUAUAUGCAUUGAAUGGGCAAAUGCCAUGGUUUAGUUUAGUUUAGCCUUGUAUUUUUGGUGAUUUUAGUCAUGCACAUAAGUACUUGAAUUUAAAAAGGAUGAGCUUUUUUAUUGUUACAUUUACACAAGUAUCCAAUUCUCUCUUUCAGUAUCCUUACCUUUUUAUUUCCUUGUACUUUUAUACUUUUAUACAGUCUGUAGUCUGCAUUAUUUAUUGUCCUCCUAAUUAUUCUUAGCACAGCACUGCUGCUGGAGUUUUGGACAUCACAAAACAUUUCAACUUCACACAACAUUAAAAAGCCUCACUUUCUGCAUGGACAAAUGUAAUUUUGAUAUAUUGACUAAAGAUUAAUUGUUUAUAUGAAUUAACACAAUAAAUGCAAUAAUUUGCUAUGAUUA